AUGUGCCAGGAACAGGAGCAAACACUUUCUCAGGUGAAGGACUCACAUGAAUCAGCCAUGAAUGUGAAUGAAGACACUGUUUCCAGGAGGCUUGGAGCCACUAACAAAGUCUGUUUGUAUUUCAUCAUCGCCAUCCUGGGUGUGUUGCUCGUUUUUGCCUUGGCCACGAUCAUGGUCCUGGUCGUCCAGAGGACGGAAGCUGAUCCUGCCAUGGAGGGCAUCAAAAAACCCAUCAGGACAGGUAACACCUUUGAAGACUAUUUGAAAAUACAACAGAGUGUCCCAGCCAAGGGGGCUGCUGCCUACAUGAGAGUGUCCAGAGCAGUGAACAGCUCCAAGCUGAGCCUGGUGGAGAAGGGGACCUGUGAGGCCAUGCAGUGCUUGAGCCAGGAGCUGGUGAUCAGGGAACAAGGCCUCUACUUGAUCUUCUGCCACUUGAACUUUCUCUUUCCCAACUGCUCCAAGAGCCCCAUCGACCUCAAGAUUGAGCUCCUGGUGAACGACAGGGUGGACAGGCAGACGUUGUCCACACUGUGUGCGUCGGAAACGUGCCAAGACAAGACUUUUAAGACUUUGCUCCAGCUGCACUUGACAGAACUGAAGGUGGAGGACCGAAUAUCAGUAACACUGAACCAUCCUGAAUUCCUGAAUGACAUUUCUCUUCCCAAUGAAAACAUUCUCGGGGUCUUGAAGUGCAGCGAUUGA